CCCUUUGUUGGUGUCGGCGGGGCCGAGCGUGGCGGGGCCGGCCCGGAAUGGGCGACCAGGGCGCCGGGCAGGAGUCUCUGCGCAAGAUCAUCACCACCCUCGCCGUGAAGAAUGAGGAGAUCCAGAACUUCAUCUACUCCCUCAAGCAGAUGCUCCAGAACGUGGAGGCCAACUCGGCGCGGGCGCAGCAGGACCUGGAGGCCGAGUUCCAGUCGCUCUACGCGCUGCUGGACGAGCUCAAGGAGGACAUGGUGAUGAAGAUCAAGCAGGAGCGAGCCAGCCGCACCUACGAGCUGCAGGCCCAGCUCGUGGCGUGCUCCAAGGCCCUGGAGAGCUCCGAGGAGCUGCUGGAGGCGGCCAACCAGGCCCUGGGCACGGCCAACCACCAAGACUUCUCCCAGGCGGCCAAACAGAUCAAGGAUAGUGUGACGAUGGCUCCGGCCUUCCGCCUGUCGCUCAAGGCCAAGGUCAGUGACAACAUGAGCCACCUGAUGGUGGAUUUCGCCCAGGAGCGGCGCCUGCUGCAGGCCCUGGCCUUCCUGCCAGUGCCCAGCGCCCCCGAGAUCGACCUGGCCGAGUCGCUGGUGGCCGAUAACUGUGUGACCCUGGCCUGGAGGAUGCCCGACGAGGACAGCAAGAUCGACCACUACGUGCUGGAGUACCGCAGGACCAACUUCGAGGGGCCGCCCCGUGCCAAGGAGGACCAGCCCUGGAUGGUCAUCGAGGGCAUCAAGGGCACUGAGUACACCCUCACUGGUGAGGGCACGGGGUGCAGCCGGCCCCAGGCGGGCGCUGGGGCUGUCCCAGGCUCUGCAGGGGACACGGGGGUGGCAGUGCCCUCCCGGUGUGACCCCGCCGUGCCCACAGGGCUGAAGUUUGACAUGAAGUACAUGAAUUUUCGGGUGCGGGCGUGUAACAAGGCGGUGGCGGGCGAGUUCUCCGAGCCGGUCACUUUGGAGACCAGAGCGUUCAUGUUCCGGCUGGAUGCCAGCACAUGCCACCAGAACCUGCGGGUGGAGGAGCUGAGCGUGGAGUGGGACGCCACGGGAGGGAAGCUGCAGGACGUCAAGGCCCGCGAGAAGGAUGGCAAGGGCAGGACGGCCUCCCCUGCCAACUCCCCUGCCAGGGCGGUGCAGUCCCCCAAGAGGAUGUCCCUGGGCCGCGGGGGCCGCGACCGCUUCACCGCAGAGUCCUACACGGUGCUGGGGGACACCCUGAUCGACGGUGACGAGCACUACUGGGAGGUGCGCUACGACCGCGACAGCAAAGCCUUCGGCGUGGGCGUGGCCUAUCGCAGCCUGGGCAAGUUCGACCAGCUGGGCAAGACCCCGGCGUCCUGGUGCCUGCACCUCAACAACUGGCUGCAGGUCAGCUUCAGCGCCAAGCACAACAACAAGGCCAAGGCGCUCGACGUGCCCGUGCCCGACUGCAUCGGCGUCUACUGCAACUUCCACGAAGGUGGGGCUGGGCUGGGGCUGGGCUGGCACCUCCCUGGGGAUUGGCACCUCCCUGGGGAUUGGCUGGCACCUCCCUGGGGAUUGGCACCUCCCUGGGGCUGGGCUGGCACCUCCCUGGGGAUUGGCAUCACCAAGGCAACUGUCACUACCAUGGGCACCAGUGUGGACAUUGCCACCAACAUGGGCAUUGCCACCGCCAUGGCCACCACCAUAAGCAUUGGCACCACCAUGGGCAUUGUCACCUCCAUGGGCACCAUCAUGUCCAUACUCCAGCAUAGAUCCCAGUGUCCACCAUGGGCAUCGCCACCACCAUUGUCACAACGUGGCCAUUGUCACAACGUGGCCAUUGCCACCACCCCGGGAGCUGUGCCAGGGCUGUGCCCGCCCCGUGCCCACCUGUGCCCCCAUCCCCACAGGUUUCCUGUCCUUCUACAACGCCCGCACCAAGCAGCUGCUCCACACCUUCAAGGCCAAGUUCUCACAGCCGGUGCUGCCGGCCUUCAUGGUAAGGGGGGGCAGGUCUGGGGGUCCCAGGGGGCUGCCAGCGCUGCCCUCAGCCCCCUGAGCCCCCGCUGUGUCCCCAGGUGUGGUGUGGCAGCUUCCAGGUGACAUCAGGCUUGCAGGUGCCCAGCGCCGUGCGGUGCCUGCAGAAGCGCAACAGCACGGCCAGCAGCUCCAGCCUGCCCUGAGCUGGGCACAGCACUGAAUGUACCCCCCCUGCCACCCCCAGCGCUGCCCGCAGGGCUCUGCCACCCCCGGGGCUGCCCACGGCCCCCCACUCCGUGCCCCCCGUGUCGCCGGGGCUCGUUGCCCCCCCAGCACCGAGAGCUGCUUCUGGCCUGGAGAAUAAAUUGGGAUGUAGGUGUGA